UAACUUUGUUUUCCCGGCAAGACUCUCUCAAAAACCCUAAUUUCCCAUUUCAACCGUUCACUGAAUUCGAGGGGUUCAUUUGCCUCAACCUCGCUCCACUACUGCCAUCUGCAACCAUUAUCGGACCAAUCCAUUCAUCGUCGUUGAGAUUCCCAUUUUCAUUUCUUAAUUUUUUUUUUUUUGUGAUCUCAGUCGGUGGUUUGUGUUUGAAGGUCCUUCAAUGGCGGAGGACCGGAAUGAGGUGAGUGAUUACAGUUCGGAGGACGAAGGGACCGAAGAUUACAGGCGUGGAGGGUACCAUGCGGUUCGGAUUGGAGACACUUUCAAGAAUGGGUGUUAUGUGGUGCAGAGCAAGCUCGGUUGGGGCCAUUUUUCCACUGUGUGGCUCGCUUGGGACACUUACAAAUCGCGAUAUGUUGCCUUGAAAAUUCAAAAGAGUGCUCAGCAUUACACUGAAGCAGCAAUGGAUGAAAUAAAGAUUCUCAAAGAAAUUGCAGAAGGGGACCCAGACGACAAGAAAUGUGUUGUAAAGCUUUUGGAUCACUUUAAACAUUCGGGGCCUAAUGGCCAGCAUGUUUGCAUGGUUUUUGAAUUCCUUGGUGAUAAUCUUCUCACCCUUAUCAAGUACAGUGAUUACCGAGGCGUUCCCCUUCCCACAGUCAAAGAAAUUUGUUUCCAUAUCUUGGUGGGUUUGGAUUACUUGCACCGUGAACUUUCGGUGAUACACACUGAUUUGAAGCCUGAGAAUGUCUUGCUUCUGUCUCCAAUAAAUCAGUCUAAGGAUCCCAGAAAAUCAGGUGUUCCACUUAUCCUUCCAAACGCCAGGGACAAGGCUGUGACCAAGAAUGGGACCACAAAAGAUGAUAAAAGUUUGAAUGGAGAUCUGACCAAGAACCAGAAAAAGAAAUUGCGGAAAAAGGCUAAAAAGGCAGCUCAAUGCUGUGUUGGGAAGGAAAAUACUGAGGAAGCUGAGGAGGAUUCUAAAGCACUGAAGCAGGACAGUUGUAGUAAUGAUGUGAAACCAAGUGUAGAAUCUGGUGGAGAUAAACCUAAUGUUCCACAAGGAAGUCAUGGUCAUCGGAGAGGUAGCCACUGUACAAGGAAGAAAUUGCUUGCAGCUGUUGAUCUUAAGUGCAAGCUGGUUGAUUUUGGCAAUGCUUGUUGGACCUAUAAACAAUUCACAAAUGAUAUUCAGACAAGGCAGUAUAGGUGUCCUGAGGUUCUUCUUGGAUCUAGAUACUCAACUCCAGCAGAUAUAUGGUCUUUUGCUUGCAUUUGUUUUGAGCUUGCCACCGGGGAUGUUCUUUUUGAUCCUCAUAGUGGUGACAACUAUGAUAGAGAUGAGGAUCAUCUGGCAUUGAUGAUGGAGCUUCUUGGGAUGAUGCCUCGCAAGAUUGCACUUGGUGGUCGCUAUUCCCGUGAUUUUUUCAAUAGAUAUGGUGAUUUGAGGCAUAUUCGUCGGUUGCGUUUCUGGCCCCUUAACAAGGUCCUGAUGGAGAAGUAUGAUUUCAGUGAGCAAGAUGCAACUGACAUGGCUGACUUCCUUGUUCCAUUACUUGAUUUUGUCCCUGAGAAGAGACCAACUGCUGCUCAGUGCCUUAGUCAUCCAUGGUUCAGUGCAGGUCCUCGAACUCUUGAGCCCUCGUCAACUACUAUGCAGCAUGAUGCUAUUGACAAGGAAAUGUCUGAAAAGAUGCAGAGGGAAAAGGCUGAGUUGGAAGGUGUGGAAGUUGGUAUGAGUAAUAUAGCCAUAGGUGGAACUUCUCUUUCUCUUGUCUAUCAAACUUCCACAAAACCUUAGUGGGUCAUCCCAAUAAUUAAAGAAGCCAGAUAUUUGUUCUUGAAUUUUAUGGUGUAAAUUUACACUAUUUAAUUUCUUCGUGGUUGAAUCCAUGCAGCGUAUGUAGUCGUGGACAUCGUUUCCUAUUAGACACAUUACCACCCUAAAAAUUCGCUUGACAUUGUCAUGCUGCCCAUCUGAAAUGCUGAUUAACGUCUGCAUUCGACUUCCUUUUCUAAUGCAGCGCCUAUGC